AAAAGUUCGUCAAACCUUUGUAAAAAUAUUAAAACAAAAAAUUUUUCAGAUUAUUUUAUAUUUUGAAAUAGUAUAAACAAUGAAUACAAGAGGACGCUUUAAAAAAAAUGUCAUUUACACAUAGAGAAUUGUGAUGUUUCCACAUUCAAAAUAUUGUAUAUGUGCAUGCAAAUGGAUCGAUAAAAGAGACUAAUCAUCGAAUCCGUGGAGAUGGUGGUGUGGUUUCACUGGUGGUGUUUAAAGAUGGGCCGCGGGUGAAACUAAAGAGGAUGGAAUAAUAUUUAGUGUGAGCGUCCUUUCGCCGCUUUAAUACCGGCGAUAUACCCACUAUGUAGUUAUGCCGAAAAAAAGUACGAAACAUGUGAAAGACUCAGGAAUUGCAAAAAAAUAUCAUAAGGGUGAUUCAACGAAUUCAGAUAUCAAAACGAAACAUUUUCGGAAUAUUCAUAUAGGUGUUACUAAUGGAAAGCGAUGGCUUUCGCUCAAGAAGCGUUUAGGAUUGUUGACGGACGAAGAUCUUGUUGUUUAUCUUCUAGAUUUGGCAGAAUCAAUUGUCAGACGAGAUGGGAAAUGCAACGAAGAGAGUUCUUGGAAAACAAACCACGAUAAGGAGAAUGACUCGAGUGUCUCUAGAAAUGAUAGUACAUUAACACAAGAGGAGGAACCACUACGUCGUAGUCCAAGGAAACAGACAAAUGAAGCUACGGAUGCUGAGGUGCCUUCUAUUGAAACAAUACAAUCACUUCAGCCAACUGUACUUCUUGAUGAUGUUUUUAAGUUACAUCUGAGACGAAGUUUGAGAACAAAACAUCAUAAAAGUAAAGAUAAACAUCAUAAGGAAAAGCGUAAAAAGAGAAAACAUUCAAAAACACAAGACGAUAAUGGUACCGAAAUAGAAGCUAAUGAACAAACUUUAGACAUAACACAAAAUGAAGAAAAUCCUCCAAUUCCUACAGAAUUAGAGGAUACCAAUGUUUCCGUUAAUAAAUCUAAUGUAGUUGUAGAAGAUGAAAAUAUCAGUACAAGUGAAAAAGAAUCCAUAGCACUUAAGACUGAAGAAUCAGAAUUAAAAGUAGUAUUUGUAAAAGAUGUAAAUAUUGAAAAUAAUUCAUCUAAUAAUAUAGAAGAAAUCAUCGAUAAUGAUGAACAAAAACAUAAUCACAAUUUGGAAUCGAAUAAGGAGGAAGAGAAUAAUGUCACAGAAAAUACAAAUUCCGAGAAUUUAUAUCAAGAAACAAUAUCUAAAAAUAUAGAAGAAUUAGAUGAAAAUUAUUUGAAAUUUGAAAAUAAGGAAAGAAAUAUUCUUCAGUAUGGAGGUGAUGUUGAGGAAAAUUCAGAGAUUAUUGCAAAAAGUGAUUCAAAGGAUUUGGAUGAUAAAAAAUUGAAAAAGAAACGAAAGAAACUUAAACACGACAGUGAAACGGAAAAAAAUAUAAUGACUCAAUCGCUUGAUGAUCCCAGUGAAGAAUUAAUGCACAAACAUCGUAAACGAAAGCACAAACACGUGCCAGGUGAGCACAAAAAUAAAAAACAUCAUGACGUUCGAAAAGCACCACAAGAUGGAAUAAUUAUUAUCGAAGGGACAAAGGAGACAGAAUUAAUUACAAACGAUUCAAAUUGCAUUCCACCUGAAACACUUGUCAAUGAACAAAUCGCGGAAAAUAUUUCAAUUGAACCACAAAGAUUGGCAAUUACCAUUAAACUUUGUCAAGAUUGUAACAGUAGACAUUUACAAGACGCUUGUCCAUUAACAAUACCACAAUACAUUAUUCACGAUUCAAUUUCUUAUGAUGAUUGGCUGAAUAAGCAUCAAGAUAAUUCUGAAGUUAUGAAAAGUGUCAAUUCCGAUGAUCCAAUGUCUGAAGGUUAUGGAAAAAUAACAGACGAUGGAUUUGAUUCAGAUGAAGAUUCCGUACAAUCUGAACAAUGUAAAUUGAAAGUUAAAGAGGAAACAGAAGAAAAACAAUUGCAAUUGGAUGACGAUAAACCGUUAUAUUCGCGGGAAUCAAUACCAGAUUGUUUUGAAUUUAAAUCAACAAAUUCUGAACAUGGACUUGGAGUUUAUGCCAAGAGUUCAGUUCCAAUUUACGCGCAACUUGGUCCUCUUGUUGGUAAAUCGGUGAAGGAAAUGGAUAUACCAGAUGAUUUUUCAAUGCGUCAUAUUUGGGAGAUUGAAAAUGGUGGCAAAACUUCUUAUAUUAGUACCACAAAUCCACUGAAAAGUAAUUGGAUUCGUUAUAUUAGACCAGCAGAAUCUAAAGAAGAGAGAAAUGUUGCUGUAAUUAAUAAACACGGUGAAUUACAUUUAGUUACAACGCAAAAUAUUACAUCGGGAAUGGAGCUAACUUACUGGGCUGAUUCACAAUCAACCGCUUGGACGAGGAAGAACAAAAUAGACAAAACGAAUUGUGGUGGAUGUAAUUUAAAUUUUGCACAUCCAAUUUAUUAUCGUCUUCAUUGUUGUAUUUUCCAUGAUACAAAUUACAGUCUUACCAUUAGGAAAUAUCAUUGCAAAGUUUGCGGUGCUGCUGUUUUGGGCAAAGAUAAUAUAAUGAAACAUGCAGCUGAACUUCAUGCAGGUCGUGGUGCUUAUCAAUGUCAGUAUUGUAAGAAGUUUUUCUUAAGAUUAAAUUAUCUUGAAAUGCACAGGACAUAUGGAUGUUCUCAAAAUCCACAACGUUCACGACCAUUGUGUGAUUUUUGUGGUCGUAAAUUUUGUCAACCUCAAAAAUUGAAAGUACACAUCAAAAGAAUGCACAGCGACAUGUCCGAAGUACUUAGAGAAUUUCAGUGCAAAAUAUGUUUAAAAUUACUUGGAUCUCGUGCUGCUCUUCAACGUCACAUGAAAGAAGUUCAUCAUAAAGAUGUUGUUGGUGCAGCAACUUGUGAUCGAUGUGGAAAAAUGUUUCAAAAUAAAAGUAACUUGAAAAUUCACAUGCUCACUCACAGUGGAGUAAAACCAUUUAAAUGUAAAGAAAAUGGUUGUAAAGCUGCCUUCACUACAAAACAGUGCCUACAAUUUCACUACAAGAAGGUACAUGGUCUUACAGAAGAAAUGAUGCCUAAAAUUGAACGAUCGGUUGCAUAUACUUUUGAUGCAUACAGUGGUGGUAUAAUUGAAGAAAAUGAAAGAGGAAAAUCGCCAAGAAUAACAAGAACAAGUUCACAGGAUAAUAGCAAUAGUUUACCUUCAUUAGACGAGUGUACUUCAGAGAAUAGUUUAAAAAUGGAAACUCAAAAUAUCUCUCAAUCAACUGUAGUCGAAUUUUCAAAUGAAAAUAGUGCAAUUAAAUUAAAAGUAGAUCGUGAAAUAACAGCAUCACCUCAACAAUCAGUGCCAAUGCCAAAUCCCGUGGAAUCAUCAUUGGAGAAUAUUCGAACGGAAAUUGAUCUCUAUGGAACAUCAAGAAUGCAAAGUAAAGGCAGUAAAAAAUGGAUGGGCGAAUUUAAUCCACCAAUUACAAUAGACAUGCCUAAUACCCAUUUAUCCGAAUCGUCUGUCACUCAUGAUGUUUAUGAAUUUGAAGACAGUAGAAAAGAAGACGACGAAGACGAGGAGGAUGAAGUGAUUUCACCAACACAAAAUAUAAUGAAUGGCAAUAAAUUAGGAAUGGGAAUGUAUAGACGUACCGAGAGUGCAAGUCUAUUAGUUGAAGCAGCAUUGGACGCCGCUGAACGUGAUAUUGGCGCAGUUUCAAGUCCAAUUCUCGAUGACAAUGAUCGUGAUACAAAUUUAUAUUCAAUAUCAAAUCAUUUACAAUCGCCAAUGCCACAAAGAUCACCCGAACCACAUCUCGAUUCUUAUAUUCAACAUCAAGAUGAUCUUAUAUCACCAUCGCCAACAUCGGAUAAUAGACACACAUCACCAAAUCAUUUACACGUUGAUUAUCAUCUUCAUCGUCCCAUUGAAUAUAUGACAACAACUAGAUCUCACAAUAUCGAACAAUAUCUUCAUCAUGAAGAUUUACCUCGUGUCAAUUCGCCAAAUGCUUAUAUUCACGUGCAACAAGACGAUUUAAUUUCACCAUCGGCAACUCCAAAUUCUCGUUAUCAAGACAUGCAUCAUCAUCAACAUCAUCAUCACCAUCAUCAUCAUCAAGUGCCAACUGAUAAUUUAUCGAGUGACGAAGGAGAUUCCGUUGCACAAAAUUUAAGUUUAUCUGUUAAAGAAAAAGCAUUGCAAUUAGAUUUAUCAACCUCCUAUAAAUAUGAUACACUUGAUUCAGAUUUUGGUAGAGAGCGAACAAAUUUUGAGCCUAUUGUCCUCAAUAGCGGUGAAUUACAGGGUUUGGAUAUGUCGGCGAGAGGAUUUCAUCAUAGUUUUGGUUCACAGGUGCAAAAUGCAAGAUAUCAUCAUCAUCAUUUAUAUGAUAUUUCAGAGCGUCAAAGUGUUGAUCUCAGUCGAACGGGAAAUUAUUCAUUAUCACCACCACCGCCGCCUCCACCUCCACCUCCUUAUCCUCAUAGUGAUGUAUUGAGGGUAGUGAGUUUAGAUUUAACACCAGGAGGUAGACACAGCGUUGAUUUGAGUCUUUCACGAAAUCAUCAUUUACAUGGACCCGGUUCACGUUUAAUAACAAGUCCACAACCACCUGGUUCGUCAACACCACACGUGGUACCUGACGCUGUUGAAAGUCGAAUUCUCUCCCCGCCUCCUCCUCCAUUGCCUGGAUAUAAUUCAACGUAUCCCGUAAGUCCUGCACCUUAUCAUCCACCACGAUCCGGCUAUCAUCAUUAUUCUGGGUACUACUAAUUAACGUAAGCAUUUUUAUGUUUCAUUAUAGAAAAAAAUUUUGUUCUUGAAUUCAGGGCUGGAAAAUUUAUUUCGAAAUUCAAAUUAAAAAAUUAUUUUAUAAAAAAGUUUUACGAUUUCCAUCUCUUUUUAAAUGUUUCUAUUUGGUUUCUAAUAAUAUAUUAUUGAAACGUAUGAUUAUUUUCAAAAAAUUUUUUUAAAUUUUUUUGCUUCAUAAACUGAUUUGUUGCAUUAAAUUUUAAUUAAUUUUUAAAAAAUACGUUAAAUAGUUAUUAGAAUACUAAAAUUAUAAACAUGAGAAUUUUGGACAAUCAGUUAAAGUUUAUGAUACAGUGAUAAAAACUCGAAGCAUUUUUGGAAAAUAAUCAUACGACUCAUUAUUAAAUAUAUUAUAUUAUUUCAAUAUUAUAAUAUAUUUUGUGGAUAAUUAAAGAAUUAAUUUUUACAAAUUAAAAAAGGAAACAUAAAAUGAAAAAUGAUUGCCAUAUCUACAUUUUUCAUUAAUUUACAAUUUCCAAUAUUGUAUUAUUUUCCAAUAUCUUUAUUAUAGAUUAAAAAAUUAUUUUUAUUUUUUAAUGUUUUUUACGACUUUUUCUUAGAUUAAUUUUUUAAUCUAUAUAUAAUAAUAUGUAUAUCUAUUGAUUUUGAGCUAAAAAACAAAAUUUUUCUAGAAGUAAUUUUUAAUACGAUGUAAUACUCCUUUAUUAUUUAUUAAUAAUGUAGAUUUAUUCGUAUGAUAAUAUAAAAUGAUAAUAUUAAAUGAAAGGAGGAAAAAAAAGCAUUUUGCUGAUGGUAUACGCUAUAGUAAUAAAAAAAGCUUGUGCCAUUCAAUGAAAUUUCAAAUUCUAAGUCAAAAAAUGUGCAAAAAUAUUUGUUACUCAUUUUAAUUUCUCAAACUUAUUAUUUGUAAUGAAUUUCAUUGCCGAAAUUAUGAAAUCAGUAUUUUUUCGGAAGAAUAUUAUUAAAGUUAUUGUUUAGAAAUUAUUUUUUAAGUCAGCCAUAUAUUAUGCAUUAAGAAAGAAAAUUCUUUUAUAAAGAAUAAACUAAUUAGAAGAAACUUACUGAAAUUUCUUCCUAUAAGGAAUUUUUUUUUCUAUAUUUUUGCUGGUAAAAUUAUUAUAAUUGUAAAACUUACCGAAAAAAAGAAUUAUAUUUUCAUCUAAUUUUAAAAAAAAAAAAUUGAAUCAAAAUUAUUAAAAUGAUCACAAAGUUUUAUUACUUACGCUAUUAAUUAUUUAAAGUGAAAAAUUAUGAAAAUGAGAAGCAAAAAUCUAAAGUGGCCCAUAAGCUGUGAUCUUUUUUCGAUACAAAUGAAAAAAAAAUUUUCUACGUCCAUUAUUUUGGUAUUAUUCAGUGUGUAUUGAAUACUGAAAAAAAAAAUGGAAAAUCUCGUCUUGUAUAUAUUUAAUUUUACUCGAAAAAUGAAUUCUAAUAGUAUUCUAUAAAUUAAAAAGAAGUUAUAUCUUCUUGAGAAGUUUUAGUCGAUUCAGUAUGGAAAAUAUUUUUUGUAUUUCAUUUUAGGAGUAAAUGAAAAUCAUUGUUAAAAUAAAGUUGCUAGACGAUAGAAGAAUCCGAGAGUAGUAAAAAAAAAUUUUUUUUAAUAUAACGUCCGUGAUAAAAUGUGUGUUUGUCAAAAAAAAACAAAACAAAUUGUUAUUUAAUAUUCUGACCUAUUCUUCUAUUUAGGGACUACGGUCCCAUUAUAUGUGACUUUCGUAAUUUACUUCAUCUAUAACUAAUUAUAAAUGUAGUCCUGGAUACCAAAAUAUUAAAAAAAAAAAAAAAAAAAAAAAAACAGCGUUUGUUAAUUAAUUGACAACAUUUAAAAAUUAUUGAAAAUCAACUACCAAUUGAAAUUCAAAACUAUAUUGUAUACAAAUUUUGUAGGACAAAAAAAAUGUGACAAUACUGUUUUUAUUUUAUUGUACAUAGAUACAUAAAAGAAACGAUCUCUUUAUAAAAAGGAAAAAAAAUUGUGAAAACGACUUCCUAGACAUAAAAAAUUGUAUUGUAAUCACCGAUUGGUUAUCCAGGACUGUAUAGCCAUUUAAUUACUUAAAUCAGAACGCCUAACAGUAGUAUUAAGUGUAUAUGCAUGGUGAUAAAGGUUUAUAAUAAUAUUAUUACUUCCUUCAUUCUAGUCACUAUAGGUACGCACAAUCUUGUACAUAUUGGAUAUGCAAGAUCGUAAUUUUAAGAUAUCUUACAAUUAUAUAGAUUUUUAAAAAAAAGUGAUUGUCGCAUUGAAAAUCAGGAAAAUAUUCCAAAAAUAUUUUCUCGAUUAGUAUGUUUAAUACCAAGACAUAAAAAAAUGGAUCACCUUAAUCAAUGUUGUGUUCUAUUUUUUAAACAGUUUAAUUAAAAAAUAUAACGUUUUUAAUAUUAUCGUCGUUAUAAAUUUCAAUUUUUUUUGUUAAUUACCAUUCAAUUUUUUAUCAAAUUUUUGUUAUUUUAUUAAAAUUUAAUUUAAUCCGGAGAAAUAUUAAAAAAAAAAAAAAAAAAAUUCUGACCAUCAAUACAAUUAUUACACUAAUUAAUGAAAUUAAUAAUAAUUUAUCCAGUUUUUAAUAAAUAUUUUUACAAGUU